CACAGCCGCUCUCACCUCUUUUUUCUUAUUUCUUCCUUCCAAUCAAAGCAAAGCAAUUUCCUCCAAGAAAAACACCACUAUCUGAACUGAACUGGAAUUCCCAGAAUUCUCUGAAGAAGCCCCAAAUCUGCGACCAACAGAACCUGGAAAACUCGUUGCCACUCCCUAGAAAAUUUUAUUCCUGAAACUCGUUAUGUUGCCGGAACCCUAGAAUAUUUCCACCAGUAAUCGUCACCAUGUCUCCAGCAGCUGCAGAUGUUUCACAUCCAGUUUCCACAUCACAACCCUUUUCUCAAAACCCUAACCCUAGCUUCCCGGGCAGCAAUGGUCCGUGCCAACAGCAAUCAAGAUGCUUCAAUUUUGAUGAUAAGGAUUCUGGUAAUUGUGAUCUCAGCUUUGAUUUCUCUAAAAAGGGUUCGGAUUUAUCAGGCCAGCAGAAGCCUCCGAGGAUCAGGGUUCCGGUGAAGAAGAAACGGGGAAAGUUAACCAGUUCUGAAAAUAAAGAUUUUGGAAAUGUAUUGCGUCCGGAUAGCUCAAGUCGGGCUAAUGAAGCUAGUGUAAGUAAGACUAGUAGUUGUGAUUAUGUAUUUAAUGCUGGUGUUGAAAGUGGGAAAAUUGGUAAAAUGCGUUUUGUUUUUGGUGCUAAUUGCCCUAAUGUGUGUAGCUCCGGGUCGAAUUUAAAGAAUUUGGAUGAGGGUGUUGUUUUUGGAGCUAAUAAGACUCCCUUACCGUCGAAUUUGAGUAGUGGAAAUGCUGGUUCUGUGAUUGGAGCUAAUGAAUGUAGUUCAAGUUCGGGGUUGAGUGGUGGAAAUGGAGAUUCAUUGUUUGGAGCUAAUGAGAGAAGCUCAAUUUCGAAUUUUGAUAAUGGAAAUGGAAGUUUUGAGUUUGGAGCAAGUAAUGAUAGGCCAGAUCAAGAAAAUCGAGGUGUUAUGAUUGGAGGUGAAAGGAGUAGUUUGCCGCCAAAUUUGAAUAUGUUUGAAGCUGAUAAAAUUAGUUCCAUAGCAAAAACGUAUAAUGGAAGUGUAGGUUCUGCAUUUGGUUCUACUGAGAGUGGAUCGACUUUAAAAUCAAGUUUGGGAAAUGGGAAUGCUUUAUUUGGUGCUAGUGGAAGUAACUCAGCAGUUAACAUGAGUUUGGGAAAGGGGAAUGCUGAAUUUGUUAACAUUUCAAGUGACUUGAAAUUGAAUUCAAGGUCAGGGCAGGGAAAUGCUGUAUUUGGUGCCAAUACAAGUGAAUCAACAUUAAGUUCAAGCGGGGGAAGUGGGAGUUUUUUCUUUGGUGCUAGUAAAAGUAAUUUAAGUUCCACACCAAAUUUGGACCAAAGGGAAUUUAGCAGAACAGCGGGACAGUCUGAAGCUGAUGAGUCUAAGAUAUUAGAUAAUGGUAGUGUUGUUUUUGGUGUAAAGCAAGGUGAGUUGGCUUCGGAUUCCGGCGUGAAGCAGAAAAGUUCUAGUAACACUAGUUCCACGCAAUCAGCUGCUAUUGAUUUUGGAAAAUUUAGUAAUACAGGUUUUGUAUUUGGCACUGACUCGAAAGUUGGUGGGAAAGAAGAUCGUCCUCGUUUUGAGCCUGGGGCUAAGCAAAAUGCUUCAAAAUCUAAUGCAGAGGCGGACAAGAGUAAAGUUAGAAGACGUACAAGGAAGUUGGACUUUGUUGCCCGGAGCAAUAAAAUUAGAGACAUGGGAAAUGAGUUUCAGAAAGCUGACGUCAAUGGUGUAUUUCUGUUUGGUAAUAGUAGCAAGGAGAAACCUAGUUCCAGUGGAAGUAAUAGUAAUAGUCAUGAGACAAACCGGUUGGAUGGAGAAAGUGCUGAAAGUGGCAAUGCCUCCAUGAAAUUUCCCUCUGAUGCUAUCAUGUCCAAUUUUAAGUUUGUGAUUGGGAGCAGUUCCUCUCCUGGUAGUGCUGUUUACAAGAUCCCUCUGUCUAAACUCUUUGACGAGAUGAAGGGCUUGAACAUAGACAACACUAAAGGUAUAAGUGGUACUGACAAGGUCAAAGUAGUUGAUGGUAAUUCAUCUUUCACUACUGGUAACUUGUUUGUCUUUCAAAGUAAAGGCCAGACUUCUAAUCAGACAUCGGAUUCGACUGAGAAGGUUUGCAAUGGAAAUAUUCCUCCUCAAGACCAGACAGCAUAUGAUUCCGAUCUUAAAAAAACAUCGUUCUCAUCUUCAAACUCAUCAAGUGCCACCAUUCAUGUCCAGCAAAAUGGAUUUGGUUUUGAAGCACCUCCUGCUCCUAAAAUUGAGAAUAAGGCCAAUCUUGGUGCUACUACCACACCUGUAGGACCAGAUGCAUGUUCCAGAGAAUUUAAGAAGUGGAAUACAAAUGAAUCUUAUUCUUUCGGGACAAAUCUAUUUUCUGGGUUAGGGAAAAAGUUAGAAUUCUCUGCAAAUAGUAGAUGCUUGAGGGACAAAAGAUCGAAGAAGACAAGGGGGAAGUCCAGGCAGCCAAUUCUGGCCAAGCAUUUGACUGAGCAGGAUCGUAUGUCCAAAGAAAGCAGUUCCCCUAAUAAUUUUGAGUCUCCUGGAUGUUAUUCACCAAUGGAUUCUUCACCUUACCAGGAUACUACAGCUAAUGCACGGGGUUCUUCACACACUUCUACUGGGACUGAAAAUAAAGAGGAAAAUGUCUCUGGUGCAAGACAAGGAUUUGAUAUCAAUGAAGUUGACAAGAAAUCUGGAAAACAGGAUAAUGUCAGUUCUAAAGUUUACUGUGAUGACAAAUCAUCUGCCACUUCCUCUGCCCAAGAUGGCUUAUCAGCAAUAAAGCGUCAAUACAGGAAAAAAUACAAGUUGAAAGUUGGUGAUGGGCUGAAUAGAAAAACUACAGUUAAAAAAUCUGAUUCUUUUUCAUCCUCGGUUCAGUUUUCUCCAAAUGCUUCCAAUUCAUCAUGCAUGGGUAAAGCACAGGUUCAAAGUGGAGUUGCUGCAAAGCCUCAUAAUAAACCUGAUGGACAAUGUGCUAAGCAGGAUUCCACUGAGGGUGUCAUGCAUGAAGAGUGUGAGCAGUGGCGAAUGAGGGGAAACCAAGCCUAUAAGAGUAGGGAUCUGCACAAAGCUGAGGAAUACUAUACAAAGGGCAUAAAUUCCAUUAAACAUAAAAAUGCUUCCGGGUUCAUCAUUGAACCGCUUUUGUUGUGCUAUAGCAACCGUGCAGCGACGCGAAUGUCUCUUGGAAGGAUGCGAGAAGCCCUGGAGGACUGUAAAUCUGCUGCUGCUUUAGAUCCCGGAUUUCUCAAAGUAAAACUAAGAGCUGCAAAUUGUCAUUUAUUACUCGGCGAAUUCCAAGAGGCUAUGGAAUACUACAAUAGUUGCUUGGAGUCUGGGAAUGAUGUAUGCUUAGAUAGAAGAAUUAUAAUUGAAGCUGCUGAUGGUCUACAAAAGGCACAGAAAGUGUAUGAUUAUAUGUGUCAGGCUGCUGAACUUUUGCAGCAGAGAACUUCUGAUGCAGCAAACUCUGCUCUUACUAAAGUUGGUGAAGGUUUAUCAAUAAGCUGUUACUCUGAAAAACUACUUGAAAUCAAAGGAGAGGCUCUCUUCCUGUUGCGGAGGUAUGAUGAGGUGAUUGAACUGUGCGAGCAAACUCGUCUUACUGCUGAAAAGAACUUUAGUGCUAUUGACCUUGCAAAUGAUGAUGAUACUCAGCGUACAAACUGUGUGAGCCUAUGGAGGUGGUGCUUGAUGUCCAAGUCUCAGUUUCAUUUGGGAAGGCUUGAAAUGGCUCUUGAUCUGAUUGAAAAACAAGAGAAAUUAACAUCCACAAGUUACAGGCCUGCAAGUGUGAAUUGCGGAUCCUCUAUUCCUCUUGCUGCUGCUAUACGUGAACUUCUACAAAGAAAGAAAGCGGGAAAUGGAGCUUUUCAAUCUGGGAAGCAUGCAGAGGCUGUAGAGCACUAUACUGCUGCUAUUUCAAGUAGUGUUGUCUCACGUCCUUUUGUGGCUAUUUGUUUCUGCAAUCGAGCUGCUGCCCACCAAGCACUGGGUCUGAUUUCUGAUGCCAUUGCUGAUUGCAGUCUAGCAAUAGCACUUGAUGAAAAUUACUUGAAGGCAGUUUCGAGGAGAGCCACUUUGCAUGAGAUGAUUAGAGAUUAUAAACAAGCAAUCACUGAUCUCCAGAGUCUUAUAUCUCUUCUAGAGAAUCAAUCACAGGUAAAGGCUCAAUCAUCUGGGAAGCAGGAUGGAUCAAAUGAAAGCAACCGGAAGGAGCUAAAACAAGCUCGCCAGCGUCUUUCCUUAAUUGAAGAUAUGGCCAAGAAAGGAACUCCCAUGGAUUUUUACCUCAUACUGGGAAUUAAAGCAUCUGAUUCGGAAUCUGACAUCAAGAAGGCAUAUCGAAAGGCUGCUCUUAAGCAUCAUCCAGACAAGGCCGGCCAGUACUUGGUAAGGAGUGACGCAGGAGAUGAUGGGGCAGGAUCAUUGAAGGACAUAGUUGAAAAGGUUCAUGAAGAUGCUGACAGGUUAUUCAAAAUAAUUGGUGAGGCAUAUGCUGUACUUUCGGAUCCCAACAAGCGGUCGGAUUACGAUUAUGAAGAGGAAAUUAGGAAUUCUUACAGUUCUCCAUAUGAUAGAGGGCACUGGUCUGGGAGGCAAUCUAAUUUUUCCAGUUCGUUUGAAAGAAGCAGAAGCGGGCGAUCUUGGCAUGACACAUGGAGAUCAUAUGAUAAUUCACAUUCUAGAUGGUAAAAAUGCAGUGAAAGGCAUCUUUGAUAUCCAAUCAAGUUGCUUCAGGGGUUGAGGAUGGUUGACAACAUAAAUAGCUUGGAAUCAUUGGACUUGAUCAUCAUACAAGGUGGUGGUAGUCUGAAUUUGGAUGUGGCAUCGUCUUGUAUAUUUUUAUACUAGAAUUGUGACCUGUUAAGAUUUCAAAUCAAAAUAUUAAAAUUA